AUGUCGUCUACAGCCGCCGCCCCUUCCUCUACUGUCAACCCGAUGCAGUUGUCCCUGCCGGAGUUGAAUCAACAUAAACAGAAAUUAGAACAAGUGUUGUCGCUGGUACCCAACCGAGCUCAAGCUCUCCCUAGUUGUGGUGAAAUGAUUCUUUCGCAUACUUUUUCCAAUGUUUGUGUAAAACUAACGCAUGGACCAUAUUGUGGCGCUAUCAGAUACGAUAUGAGCGCCCGCGCUCUCGGAGGGAUGAGUUCCGAUAAGGAUGAGGGGAAGCUGAGUUUGGUACCACUGAGUAAUUCAGUUUAUGUGAGAGGUGAAGCAUGCGAGGUUGAUAAGGUUCUGUUGAACGUGGGGACGGGAUAUUUUGUGGAAAAGCCAACUGCGGCGGCUCAGAAACACUGUGAAGAUCGAUCGGGGAUGAUUAACGGAAAUAUUGGAAAUCUCGCAAAAGUUUUGGCGGAAAAACGGGAAAAUUUGGAAAUGUGUAUUGCAGUAAUGCAACAGAAAAUGGCGGCUCAGCAAAAGACCACGAAUGGGCAGUAA